UACGUGCCCCUUGACCUUCUGUGGAUGGUAUAUAUAUAGUCACUGAGGCUAUCAGAGUUCUCCUGGCAGUCAACAUGAAAGGCUUUGUCUCAGUCUGCUGCUUUGUCUCCGUGCUGGCCCUUGCCACACCAGAGGAAGAAGAGGUUCUAGACUCCAUUCUGAGAGACAGAUCUCACAUUGAGGAGACAUUAAGACUGGCAGCAGAAGAGAACUCAGGUGACUAUGCAGCUGCUCUACAGAGACUGAGAAAGAUCUAUCACAGUUCCAUCAGGCCCAUGGAACAUGCUUACAAAUACAAUGAGCUCAGACAACAUGAAAUCUCAGCCUAUCCUGGACGCACCCUGGGGGAUUCGGCCACAGAUGGAGAGAUCACCUCCAAACCCAUGGUGCUGUUCCUUGGCCCUUGGAGUGUAGGCAAGUCCUCCAUGAUCAACUAUUUGCUGGGACUUCAGGACACUCCUUACCAACUAUACACAGGAGCUGAGCCCACUACAUCUGAGUUUACUGUGAUCAUGCAUGGUGAGAAGAUCCGGUCUGUGGAGGGUAUUGUAAUGGCUGCUGACAGCUCUCGCUCCUUCUCACCACUGGAGAAAUUUGGCCAGAACUUUCUGGAGAAGUUAAUUGGCAUUGAGAUGCCUCACAAGCUCCUGGAGCGUGUUACCUUUGUGGACACUCCUGGAAUCAUUGAGAACCGCAAGCAGCAGGAGAGAGGCUAUCCAUUUAAUGAUGUGUGUCAGUGGUUCAUUGACCGUGCAGACCUGAUCUUUGUGGUAUUCGACCCCACCAAGCUGGAUGUUGGCCUUGAGCUUGAGAUGCUUUUCAGGCAACUGAAAGGUCGGGAGUCCCAGAUCCGCAUUAUCCUCAACAAGGCAGACAGCCUGGCCACCCAGGAUCUCAUGCGUGUGUAUGGUGCCCUGUUCUGGAGCUUGGCACCUCUUAUCAAUGUGACAGAACCCCCACGGGUGUAUGUCAGCUCCUUCUGGCCCUACGACUAUGCUCCUAACACCAGUCGUGAACUUUUCAAACGCGAGGAGAUUUCCCUCCUAGAAGACCUGAACCAAGUGAUUGAGAACCGCCUGGAAAACAAAAUCGCCUUCAUCCGUCAGCACGGCAUCCGCGUGCGCAUCCAUGGCCUCCUUGUAGACCGUUACGUGCAGACAUUCAAGGAGAAGAUGAGUUUCUUCAGUGACCCUGAGUUAGUGUUCAAGGAAAUCGUUGAUGACCCAGACAAAUUCUACAUUUUCAAGUCUAUUCUGGCAAAGACCAAUGUUAGCAAGUUUGACUUGCCCAACCGUGAUGCUUACCGUGACUUCUUUGGUAUUAACCCAGUGACCAGUUUCAAGCAGCUCUCUGCCCAGUGUUCAUACAUAGGUGGCUGCCUGUUGGAUAAGAUUGAGAAGGCAAUUACAGAAGAUCUGCCUGGCCUUCUUAGCAGCAUCAACUCCAGUAAGAACCCCACCUUGUCCUCCUGUGAGGCUACCGGCUGUGGGGAGAAGCCCAAGAAUCGCUACCGACGAAACUGAGGUUAAGGUGUAUAGAAUGAAGGAGAGAGCAAGAAAAGUGGCAGUGGAGUGACAAACAAAUCCUGUGCCAGACACAGUCCAUCUCAGAGGCUAACGAGAUUCAGUACAGAAGAAUUGUUUUGGGUUAUUUUUAAGUGGAGGUGGGGUGGGGUGGUGUCUUCGAGAAAACAGGACUUUGGAGAUUCUAGAGAAAUUACAAAGCAAGAGAAAAUAAGUUUACCAAAAUAAAACUCUCCAUGUAGUUU